GAUAACGUGCGUACGAGUACAGAGAGAGAGAGAGAAGGAGGAAGUGUGCCGUAGUGAAAAGCAUGGAGUUGAGGACAACUCGGCCAGCUAGUAACUGCAGGUGCCUGAGACAGUCCUAGACAAGCGAAUUCACAAAGGCGGGGUGAAGUAAUCGGAAUGUCUGGGGGACAUUACUCAUGUGCCUUCGCACCGUAACGGUGCCACCGUGUAUGUUUCACAGUGCGUUUUUAAAAAGAGGUGUUGGAUACAGACAGGUAGGAUUGUUUUCUUCUACCGUUGCAGUUUAGAUUCACCGUCGGUGUUUCAACAAUCAUGGAUACUCCGAGGGAUAAAGUGAAGAAACAAGCUAUUAAAUCAAAAUCAACGAAACGUAAAGACAAGAAAUACAAAUCAGGAAAGGUCUUCAGACGAAAAUCUUUGAAAUCACUUGGGAAUUUUAUGAACCGUAUUUUGAAAACUUUGGGCACUUUAGCACACUUUGGAGACGUCGAUCCAGCAGACGCCGAGGAUGAUGAUGGUGGGUUUCGAGACAGUGUGGCGUGCACUUUGAGCGCGAACUCAGGGAAUUUUAAAGAGGAUUUUCAGGGCGCAAGGGGGAAUACUUUGAAAAAGAGCUCUACGUUGUCUUCCCAUGGAUCCGUGAAAGACAGAUUGUCGUGGUGCUAUGGCGACAAAACUCCUGGCGUCUUAGGUUUGAAAAAUCAUGGCAACACUUGUUUCAUGAACGCUGUGGUUCAGUGCCUGAGCAACACUGAUCUCUUGGCGGAAUAUCUUGGUUUGGAACAAUACAAAUCGGAUUUAUGUCAAAGGAGAGUCAAUGGAAUAGUAAAAAACGAGGAGCUUGUUUCCGUCAGAGGUGAGGUGACGGAGCAACUGGCGGCUUUGGUGCGAGCGCUUUGGACACUGGAAUACACGCCACAGCUGUCAGUCGAAUUCAAGAGCAUUGUGUCCAAGUAUGGCACGCAGUUCCGGGGGAACUCCCAGCACGACGCCCUGGAGUUUCUGCUCUGGCUCCUGGACCGUGUGCACGAGGAUGCCAACCCCACCCACAACAACAACAGCAAGACCAAAGCUUCCGCUGUGGUUCAGGCGGGAGCAGAGACCAUUCAGACCACUGGUCCAGUGAACACGCACCCGCCAGGGACACGCUCCAGCUUUGUCCAGGAGCACUUCCAGGCCCAGUACAGGUCCUCUCUGACGUGUCCACAUUGCCUUAAACAGAGCAACACAUUUGACCCCUUCCUGUGCAUCUCCCUGCCCAUCCCACUGCGCCAGACCAGACCUCUGAAUGUCACGCUGGUCUUCAACACCAAGGGUCAGCGGUACCUGCGGGUGGGGCUGGCCGUGCCUCUCUUUGGAUCCAUAUCUGCACUGCGCACCAUGGUGGCCGAGGAGGGCAAGAUCUCCCCAGACCAGGUUAUUCUGACAGAGAUCUACCCGACGGGGUUCCAGCGCUCCUUCUCCGACGAUGACGACCUGACCAGCAUCGCCGACAGCGACGUCAUCUACGCCUUCCAGGCCCCGCCCCUCUACAGCAGGGGAGGCUCGGCACGAAUCUCAGGGUACCACCACAGCCUGCCCUCCUCCCCAUACACCUCUGGCCCUGAGGGUCAGCGGCUGCAUCCCUCGGGCACCUUGUCCUCCGAGUUCCUGAACCAGGGUGGCACCAGCAAGCUCCUCCUGCUCAUCUGCAACACUGCGGGCUCGGGCCAGCAGGCAGUGAGGUUUGGACCCCCCUUUCUCAUGCGUGAAGAGAGGACCCUCUCUUGGGACCAGUUCCAGCAGAGCAUCCUUAGCAAGCUCUACUACCUGAUGCUUAAUAGCGCGCAAGCACAGAACGGAGGUGUGAUGUUCAAGAUCCGUGUGGUUGGCGGAUCCACGUCCUACUGCUACUUAUCCCCCCAGGACAGCCGGCCGCUUUGCCACCCAGCAGUGGACAGGGCCCUGAAGCUGUGUGCGUCUGGAGGUCCAGCCCAUGUGAAGCUCAUCAUUGAGUGGGAGCACAAGGUCAAGGAAUGUCUGUUUGGGAACAUCCAGGAGGAGGUGGUGAAGGACAUGGAGAGCGUGAGGGUCCAGCAGCAGCAGCACCUCCAGCAGCACAGCUGCACGCUGGACGAGUGCUUUCAGCUCUACACCAAAGAGGAGCAGCUGGCACCGGACGACGCCUGGAAGUGUCCCCACUGCAAGCAGCUGCAGCAGGGCAUGGUGAAGAUGAGUCUGUGGACGCUGCCGGACAUCCUCAUCCUGCACCUCAAGCGCUUCCGGCAGGUGGGCGAGCGGCGCAACAAGCUCUCCACGCUGGUGCGCUUCCCCCUGACCGGCCUGGACAUGGCGCCGCACGUGGUCAAGCGCAGCCAGAGCAUGCGCAACCUGGGGCCCUGGCCAGCCGCCUGGAAGCAGCCCGAGGCCACGCUGCCCCACGACUUCCUGUACGACCUCUACGCCCUCUGCAACCACCAUGGGGGCAUGCACGGCGGCCACUACACCGCGUACUGUCGUAACUCGGUGGACGGUCAGUGGUACAGCUAUGAUGACAGCAGUGUGGACCUGGUGCCAGAGGAGGAGCUGUGUACCCGCGGUGCCUACAUCCUCUUCUACCAGAGGCGCGACGCCAUCCCGCCAUGGUCUGCCAGCAGCUCCGUCAGGGGUUCCACCAGCUCCUCCAUGUCUGACCACUGGCUCAUCCGCCUGGCCGGGGACAGUAAGCGCGGCAGCGUUGUGUCCCGCAGCUCCACCUCCUGUCCGUCAUCCAUCCCCGACUCGCCCGAGUCACCGGUCUUCCAAGACGAGUCCUCCAAACCCGGGAGAGGUGGAUUUGAGACCAGGCCCUUUGUGCGGGGCAUCCAGGGCCGCAGCGUGAGCAUGCGGACGCCCACCAAGGCCAGGGACACCCUGAGCAAGGUCCUGCCGCUGCGCUGGUCCUUCGGCUCCAAGAGCCGCCACAAGCCGGCCCCCGGCCCCGAGCCGGCCGCCCAGGCCCCCGCGGAGCUGGUGGAGUACCUGGAGUCGGGCCGGCGGCCGCGCUGCACCAAGGACCCCAUCGUCACGCUGGUGGGCAGCCCGUCCGGCAGGGACGGCCCCCAGGGCCAGCUGCCCCCUGCCACCUCCAGCUCCUCCAGCCUCAGCUGCGUGGGCCGGACCCCCGACGAGCAGGCGGGCCACGCUAAGGCCACUGAGGGUCAGCAAAGGCUGAGCGCCGACAAGACGGGCAGCCUGAGGCGCAGCAGCAGCGAGAGGCCCACCAAGCAGCAGCAGCAGCAGCAGCAGCGAGGACGGGACCCUCGGCCGGAGGAGCACCCGGAAGGGCAAGCAGGAGCAGAGGAGGACCCACGAGCUGCAGUCCAGGAGCGGCUCCAGCCCGAGCGCACACGCCAGCUUUGACGCCGGCCAGCAGAGAGGCAA